AAUCAAAAACGUAGUAAUUUAAUGAUAAAUUGUCAAAAUUGAUCAAUGUUGGAUAGUACAAUGAUGAAACAUCUUUAAUUAAAUGCAGUCAAGGGUCGAAUUUUAUUGACUCUUGCAUCGAAGUUAUUUGGAGUUAAUGUUUGACUCUUUCUGCAUGGAAUGAAUUUUGUAUCGCUUUAUGCGCUUAGAAGUCUUACGUACCUGUAACUUCUUCAUAGGAGCUUCAUAUUGUCUGGAAAUAAAAUUACCUCUUUUUAGGUUCAUGUUGAACAUUCUGUGUUCUUCGGAUUUGUACAUUUCUACUUCUCCUGAUGGAAAAGAAGCAUUCCAACGGCAAACCUCGCAAUCAUCUGACAGCUGCUUGCCAUCCAGCUAAUCAUGCCAAUCCACCUUUGGAUUCAAAGUAUAAUAUAGGUGGCGGGGGUGUGAUGUCCGGGUCCGGGGGUGCGACGGCGGACCUGGCGAGCCUGUUCGAGUGCCCAGUGUGUUUCGACUACGUGUUGCCUCCCAUCCUCCAGUGCCAGAACGGACACCUGGUCUGCACCACCUGCCGACACAAGCUCACCUGCUGCCCCAGCUGCAGGGGACCCAUAGGUAAUAUAAGAAACUUGGCCAUGGAAAAAGUGGCGACAACUGUAUUUUUUCCUUGCAAAUAUUCUGCUGCCGGUUGUAAGCAGCAACUCAUGCACACUGAAAAGACAGACCAUGAAGAGCUCUGCGAAUUCAGGCCUUAUUCAUGUCCUUGUCCCGGUGCUCAGUGUAAAUGGUUUGGCUCCUUAGAUCAAGUGAUGCCUCAUCUAAUGCAUUCCCACAAGUCCAUCACAACCCUUCAAGGAAUUAACUACCAUGAGAUCUAG